AUGUUCAAGCUCAUCGCCUUGUUUGCCUGUGUUGCUGUGGCUUCAGCUGCUCCUGGUCUGUUGGCUGCCACCCACUCCAUUGUCCAGCCCGCUGUGCUGGCCAAGACCGCCUACGUGGACACCAGCGCCUCCUCGGCCAUCACCCACCAGAGCAAUGUGAAUCUGGUGCGUAAGGUUCCAGUUGUCCAGACCUACCAUGCUGCUCCAGUGGUUCAUGCUGCUCCAGUUGUGCAUGCCGCUCCAUUGGUUCACUCUGUUCCCGUCGUCCAUGCCGCUCCCGUUGUCAGCACUUAUGCCGCCGCUCCAGUUGUGCACGCUGCCCCGCUGCUGCACUCUGUCCCCGUGGUACACUCAGCUCCUCUGGUCAAGACUCUGGUCAGCGCUCCAGUUGCCUACACCUCCCUUCACAAAUAA